AUGCUCUCCGCCACAGUCGCACUGGGUGCGGUUGUCGCAUUGCUUGCGCUGUAUGUCUACAAAUCUGUGAGGACUUACUAUGCGCUCAAGGCUUUUGGCGGACACUGGUCUUGUGGGUGGUCGCGGUUAUGGAUGUUGCGCACGCAGGGGAGUGGGCAGAUGAACAAGAUCUUCACGGAGAUCAACCUCAAGUAUGGCUCGACCGCACGCAUCGCACCAAAGUUUCUAGUGACUUCCGACCCGGAGCUGUUUCGGCGUAUGAGUGCUGUGCGAUCACCCUUUACUCGAGGACCAUGGUAUGCCGCGCUCAAACUCCACCCAGAGCGCGACAACAUCACCUCGUAUGUGGACGAAGGCAAACAUGCAGAGAUCCGAAACCGCAUGGCCCCUGGAUAUUCUGGCAAGGAGAAUCUGCAUCUUGAACAGGAUGUUGAUGAGCAAUUGACUAAGUUCUUGGCCCUGGUCGAGAGUAAGUAUGUGGCGAAACCUGAGCAAGAGAUCUACAAGACUGUGGACCUCUCGCGCAUCACAUCUUACUUCACCCUCGAUGUGAUAUCCAAGGUGGCGUUCGGCCAGACAUUCGGCUUCCUGGACAAAGAUGAAGAUCCUUUUGGCUACCUGGAGAACUUGGCGCAGAUGCUUCCAGCCAUCAUUGUGUUUGGCGUGUAUACCGAGUUAACGAAACUGCUCAAGAUGCCUGCUAUGAAGGCGGCUCUACCAAAGUCGACAGAUAAGCGUGGUCUUGGACGUGUCAUGGGCUUUGCUAGGGACAGAGUCCAGGAACGCUUCGGACCAAAAGCUGUGCGUCGCCAGGAUAUGCUAGACUCCUUCAUCAAGCGCGGCAUGAGCCAAGAGGAGCUCGAAAGCGAGACUCUCACCCAGAUCACCGCCGGCUCAGACAGUACGGCUUCCGCUCUGCGCAUGACACUCCACUUCGUCUGCACCUCGCCACCAAUACUGGAGCGACUUUUGGCAGAGGUCAAUUCUGCUAUCGAGACCGGCAAGAUCAGUAGACCUAUCAUCACCGACGCCCAGGCCCGCCAACUCCCUUACCUCCAAGCCUGCAUAAAAGAAGGUCUUCGUAUCUACCCUCCCGUCACAGGCGUAAUGGCCAAGCAAGUCCCUCCCACCGGCGCCAUGAUAGAAGUCGAUGGAGUUGAGAAAUUCGCUCCGCCUGGAACACAAAUCGGAUGGAAUAGUUGGGGUAUGAUGCACGACCAGGAGAUCUUCGGUGCGGAUGCUGAGAUAUAUCGGCCGGAGAGGUGGUUGGUGAGGGAUGGUGGGGAGGAGGAGGAGGAGGAGGUGCAGAGAGUACAGAGGAUGAAUGAGACGGUCACGUUGUGUUUUGGGUAUGGGCGGUUUGGGUGUCUGGGAAGAGGGGUGGCGACCAUGGAGUUGAACAAGGCUGUGAUCGAGACUUUGCUGCGUUUCAAUCUGCAGUCGUGCAAUCUUGCCAAGCCUUUUAAUGAAAAGGUCGUUGGCUUUUAUGUGCAUACUGAUAUGAAUUUUGUCAUUACUGCGCGUAAGCAGGAGGGAGAGAAGGCUGGUUUCUCUCAGCUGAGAGGUGGUAUUGUUGAUGCGGGUGCGCUUGCAGGUGCACCGGAGGAGUGA